UCUACCAAGUCCCACUAAUCCACAAGAAAGGGUGCGUACAACCGCGAGCAGCGAAUCAAGCCAAGGGCACACGGCGAUGGAGGCGGCCAAGGAGCGGCGGCAGCAGCAGCAGCGGAAGGCCGCCGCCGAGGGCGAGGGCGACACGGUGCAGCUGCCGACGGAGACGAGCCCGUACGUGCGGUACGAGGGCAUCGAGGACUACAAGAUGCGCGGCUACGGCGCGCAGGGCCACCUCCCCGUCUCCGACGUGCCCCACGGCGGCUCCGGCACCGAGGCGCCCACCGUCCCCGGCACCGCCAUCCCCGUGGCGAAGACGAAGGGCCGGGGCCCCGACGACGUCCAGACGCAGCGAGACCUGGGAGGUGGUGGAGGAGUUGGGCGACCCGGGGGCACGGCCACCGACGCCAUCAACCGCCACGGCGUGCCGUAGCUUUAGCUUGGGCUUUGACAGGGGUCUCGUCAGCGCCCACGUCUUGGCUGAUGCGCACAAACACACAUGGGCGGCGCUUGUUCGUGUGUUAAUGUAAUGUAACCACACACGAGUUUGCAACUAAAAAUAAUGGGCCUUGUGCCAUUGUCAUAACUCACAUCAUCA